CUACUCGCUCUGCUCUCCUUUGUCGUCGUUCUCCGCAUUCUCGUUGCGUAAGCAGAUGACUUUGUCGCCUUCGGCGUCGUUAAAGUCUGAUGAGGAAUAAAGAAGUUAGGCAAAAAGCAGUGACAUGUAUUCAGCCUCUUUGUGGCCAGUUGCUCGCCUUGGAUCUGUGCCAUUUGUUUGUCCUUGUCGAGGUCAUCCCGGAGAAGGAAUAUGUCAGCCCCCGGCCCUCCCAUCAUCGUGUCAUCGAAAUCUCCAUCCAUGUCGAUUAUCAAGUCGUCGCCUGGCAGCGACAGACACGGUGAUAAAUAAUUUGAACUGCACAAGUGCGCUCAUACGUGGACCCCCUUUGACACGAUCGGUGCCGGUUUCACCGGACAGGUUGUCGUCACCUGGACCGCCAUCCUGCAUCCAUCAGUGGGAGACAGCUCAGAGCUUGUGCGACUGCAGGUGAUAUGCUUUGGUCUGCCUCCUCACCAAAAAGUCAUCGCCAUUGUCGGCAUUCAUAAAGUCCUUUCCGUCUCCCCCAAACAGACGAUCGUCCUGAAGACAAGAUGGCCAACAAGGAGGGAUACAAGCACCGCUGACACACCAGCAGUGACCGUGUGGCUUACACCAGACUGUCCAGUGACUUCAUCGUCGCCCGCUCCGCCUAGGUGAAACACAGCCAGAUGGGCACAACGGCAUUGGGCAAUAGGAAGCGCCUACCGUCGACUGUAUUGUCACCGGCCUGGCCCCGACACUCCCCUAGCUUACGUCAUUUCCCUCGCCUCCAAAUAUCGUAUCAUCCCCGUUCUUGCCUCUCACGAGAUCAUCCCCGCCGAGCGCAUACAUGGUGUCCGCCAGGUCGGUCCCCUCGAAAGCUUUGUUCCGGGGAUAGCCGCCUUUCGAAGCUUCGCCGUCGUCCCCCUCAGUCCCAACGAGGGGCGGCGCAGUGGUCACUCCCUGGAGGCGCCGACGGAGCGACGGGUUGCAGCUGCAGGGAAUCGCCAAUGCCCCCGCCACACCUGCCAAUGCAAGUCUCAAAUCCGAGGCAAAAUGACCUUGUCGACGAUCAUUCUUACACAGCCAAAUCAGCCCAAAGUGCAU